GUAAAAUUGUACCAUGUCAUUUUUUUGCAAACGAACAUAGCUUGAGAGCAUCUUGUCGAAUUUUUACCAAAUAUAAAUAAAUGCUGCUGCAAAUGUCAACAUGUUUAGGAAUUCUCCAUCGUGGUAUAUUUUUAUCCUUUCGUUACUGGAAUUAAUAAUUAAAACCCAUCCAACAUUGCACGACAGCAGUCAUGGCUUCGUUAGCAAAAACCCGAGAUAUUUUGACGAUGAUUUGUUACAUUUACACGAGGAAUUGGAUUUACCAAGGAAAUCUAGUCAUGUACCACAGAAAUUUCAGCUCAACUUUGAAAAAACUUAUCUCGAUUUUAAAGAAAGAUCAAUGGGACAGCUCCAUUUAGAUCCUUUAAUUUUAUUUAGUACUGAUACAAAUAGCAGUAUUGAUAAGACAUCUGUAUCGAAAAAUACAGUUCAAUUUUAUAACACUGUUUUUCAUGACAGGGUCAGAGGUGCCAGCACUCUUAGCCACUACAGGCUACGCCCCAUUGUCGGGGUAAAACUGCCAUUAAAUGCAACAUUUGCACCUUUAAUUUAUUUGCACAAUUCACAUUUGGAACCUCUCCAAAUUGUUGAAAUACACAGCAGCAAUGGCGGGUUCAAUCUUGAAUUACCCAGUGGGGAAGAAGAAGGUUCAAAUUACUUAUGGGAAAUUCCUCCACACCAGACAAAAGCCAUAAUUCGUGUACAUUUCUUAGCUCAAGAGAUUAAGAAUUAUACUGCGAAUGUCAGAAUAAGGUUACACAAACCCGAUCUGACUCUGAUAGUUCCUGUUGAAGUGGAGGUGACUUCCGAAGCGCAACUGAUCCAUCCGAGGGGUUACUUAGAUUUGGGUAUGGGAGGUAAUUGUGAUGCCCCCAAAGUUGUUAAAUUGUGCCUACUCAAUCCCAACAAGAAACACGUUAGGGUCCACAGCGUGAUUACGGCUUCAAAAGCGAUAAAGAUACAGUAUUACAAUAUUAGAUUGCCACCGGCUGCAGACUCGCAAGACCCAAUGGAUCAGUGUGUCGAUGUUGGCACUCUAACAAUAGACUGGAAGACUGCUUACAAAACCAAAGACUUUUCUGGAAAAAUUGUUGUAAAGUUCAGAAACGGUAGAAACAAAUCGGAAAUUCCUUAUCACUUGAACGUCCUUAAAGGGGGCCUGAAUUACGAUCCUUUGACAACCACUUAUUUUAUAAACGAGAAGGCAGAGGGCUUGUCUUUGAGAUCGUUCAAAGUCAAGAAUCAAUUCGAUGAUUACGCUUAUGUGUCGGAUGUUCUUCUGCCGACUGAUGUUCAAUCGUAUUUCAAAGUGAAAGUCCUGGCACCAAAGAUAUUGAAACCUGGAGAAGAGGCUAAUAUUUUUUUCAUUGAGCUCAAAAAUAAUAUGAGAUUGCAGGAAUUGCAAUUGCAGUCAGAAAUUAUCAUAUUAACGAACGUUUCUGACAUCAGAGUACCUUUGGUUAGUUACAAUGGGAAAUUGCAAGUCCAUUUACCAUUUAAAAGCAAGGACUAUUCAAUGGACAUCGGUUUGAUAGGCUUCAAUACCAAAAAAGAUGCUUAUUUUAUGCUCGUCAACUCCAAUCCGGUAACCGUGUAUUUGAAACACAUCCAUUCCUCAAUACCCAUGACCAGCGCCGAAGUUAUCGGAUGCGGAACAGGCGAUUACAGGCUAGCGCUAUUCUCUCCCACCUUUAGACACCUCAAAAAAUGCCACAACAUGAAGUCCGGCCAAUACGCUAUUGUAAAGGUCACAGUGGGCACCACACAAGUAGAGGGUCAAGUCUGGGGUGACAUAUACGUGGAGUCUCAGUACGAGAAUUUGAAGGUUCCCGUCCAUUUUAAAAUCGCUCCCGGCAAGUUAGAAGUCGGCCCGGACAAGCUUAUUUUUGACCAGUGCUUUCCGGGGAAAAUAUGUUCGCAUCCUCUAAGGAUAUAUUCUACAUUUAAUGAUCCGAUGAUCAUAGAAGAUAUCCUUGCCAUGCCGCCAGAUAAGAGAAUAACCAGCAGGCACACAGGCCACAUAAUAGCCAGGACGUCCAAAAUAGUAGGCCAUUUGUUCUUCAAUCCUGAUCUGGAGUGCCGUUCUGAGUGUUAUUCCGGAAUGCAGGGUGAUACUACAGCGCAAUGGCUAAGCAUAUUUAACUUCUCCAAAUAUGUAUCCGACUUUGAUCUUCAUUUGCUUAAUACAUUCUACAACCGCUACCUAAACGUCACUAGUCACGGCGUGAAAAAAUGGCAGAAUCUCACAUUACGCUUAGAUACCUCAGAAGUUAAAGGCCACCUGUUUCAUUCGCGUGUCAAAAUGAGUUGGCCCAGAUUGAUUAUGGAUCAAAUCCCACAGGAAAAAGCCACAAUUACUUUUCCGUUGACGCAAGUCGGGAAUACUAGUUACCAGAAUAUCACUCUAAGAAAUCCGGCUUCUCAUUUCGUUAUGGUGCAAUUCGUUUUCGAUCGGGAUUAUCCGGGUUUCGACAUGCUUUACACAGCCAUGCCGCCUGAUUUGGUUGUAAAAUAUCCUAACGAUAAGCACUUUUCUAGAGGUUUCUUCUUCGCUAACAGAACAAAAGAAAGACAACAGCGUUUAUUCUUCAACAUGUUCGGUUUGACAGCCAACAAAGAGAGUAUGCCGGUUUUAUUGUCGCCCGGUCAAUCUAUAACCUUCCCAAUAGGAUUUCACGCUCAAACUGCGGAUUUGCACUCGACCGUAAUCCUGGUAAGGAACAAUCUAACCAUAAUGGAGAUCGUCAGGUUGAACGCCAGAGGCGUACAACCGAUGUUUAAGUUUGGCAAUCGCAAACCAGGCUCCAUGCAACCGUUGGCGUUCGAAAUGACGGACAGGCAUUUCCAUGACUGCGAAAGACGCAGAAUAUACCCCGAGGAUUCGAAUUUUAGCUUCAAAAGAACGUUUACAGCUAGGAAUAUCGGAGACGUAACGCUGUACAUUAACGCGUUCUAUAUUAACGAUUAUUUGUGCGAAGGGUAUGGUUUUAAAGUGAUGGAUUGCGAGCCGUUUGCGCUGCAUCCAAAUCAAACCAGAAAGAUCGAUAUAGCGUUUACUCCGGAUUUUACGCUGUCGAAAAUUUCGCGGACUCUGAUUAUAGCGACCAGUUUGAAUGUACCAGUUAAUUAUACCUUGUACACAACGAUACCUCACAUAUACUUAAAUAUGUGUUCUGAUGCUAUAUCGCGCCCAUCUUGGGAAAUAUACUUGAGUUACUUAACGGUCGCCUCCAUGACGGUCCUGUUGGUGGUGAUCAUGUGCAUAGCUGCCAUUGACGCAGAGCGCAUCCGAAGACAAGCCAUCGGUUCUUUCAUAUUGCCUAGCAGUACUUCUGUCCAACCUGUAUUAGAUUUGAGGUUAGUCGGGCAGCAAACUAGGGAAGAAAUCCAAUCGGCUAAAAUUAGUCCAGUUAAGGAUAUAAAGAAGGUUAAAGACGUAGACGUUGAGAUGAAAUUGAAACCUGAGCUCGAAAGAUAUACUGUCUUAGUUCCUACAACAGGAAAAGUGCGGAAGCGGAUAAGCCAUCAAGAACCGUUGUAUAACGAUAGCAGUGAUUUGCAAAUCGCAGAUAUUAAAGAAGAAAAAUCGGAAAAACGAAAGGAUAAGCAUCAUGAUACCAGUAAUGGUAAAAUUAGAACAAAGGAUGUUAAAGAGAUGGCAAUUGAAGAAAAAGAUAAAGACAGAAAUUACACUAAAGAUAAAGAGGUUAAGAAACUUUGCACUAAGAAACAAUGCAAAACUAAUGCUCUAGUACCCACGUACGAAGAGGAAACUUCCUCGAACGCGACGGAUAGCAGCGGAGGCAUAAACGAAGACCCCGAAAAAGAGAACGACCAGAGCGCUGUUCCCAAACAGUGUGCCAAAACGAAAUCGCUUGUUUCAAAGCGGGAAAGCAUAAAAAACGGCGUCGUUAUCGAAGGCAACUCGAAUCACUCUGUCGCCGCUACCGAGUUUAAGUACGCGCAAAGCAACAAUAAGUUUAGGCACCAAAAACAGGUUGAGAAAAAAGCGAAAUCCAACGACAAACAGAAGAAGGAUAAUAAGGAAUACGAUACGACGAAUCAGAAGACGAACGAACAUCAUAUUCAAUCGAUCGGCAAGCACGUGCAUCAACGAGAGGUGAAGAAGAGAGAGAGGGUGGUUAAGGAACGAAGAGAAAAAGGAUUCCACCGAAAAUCAUCAGACAAAGCGAAACAAACUGACCGAUCCACCGGUAACUCAGAAACGCCAGAAAAACCGAUAAAAACCUCGCCGUGCUUCAACAUACCCCUACCCCCGCCGACUACCAUCAACUCCAUAUGGGGCGAAAGCUGCGCUAAAUUUAGCGACGUGGUGGCUAGGAAUGAACCCUCGUCAUUCUUGACCGCCCCCAAAACUACCCCUCCGAGCCAGUCGUUGACCAAAAUCAUAUGCAAACCGACCAUGUACGUCGAGCCGUACAAGCAGUCCUCGCUCACGGAGCUCGGCCCCAUCGGAUCUAGGAGAUCCGACGUCAGGCGAUCCUCCGCUGAAACCAAUCAAGAAACGAUCAGAAGGAAUACCGCCAUCGAGUUGAACGGCGGCAAUAUGAGCUUACUGGGCAACGGAUUGGAGCAUGAAAGAACGAACAGUUAUUUCUCUGAUUCGAUUAGAUUGGACGGCGUGGGUAGGGAGAACGGUUUCAUCGGGGAUUUGAACACCAACGGGUGGAAUCCGCACGAGAGCUUCGGUAGGGUUAUCGAUACUGCUAUAGAUGGAACUACUGUCAUGGAAGGAGAUGAUAUCAGUGGAGAAUCAGAUCCAUGGAACCAAAACCUCCUAAACACAAGUUCCUACUGGGACAGCUACAAUCCGAUGCUGGGCGAGAACUCUCUUCUAAACGGCAACACGCCUCUGUUGGACGAAAGCUGUCUACUGAACGAAAACGCCCUUAUCGGAAAGAAUUCCCUGCUGGGCGAGAGCUCGUUCGGCAAGAACGACAACGAUGCCGUGUCGACAGCGUCUAACGUCUAUCUGUGGGGUUCUUCGUCGGUUUGGCAACCCUGGGCACCGGAAUGUGCUUCGGCUACGACUAGAACGCCCACCAGGACUCCGCCCACGUUCGACGAGUUUCUGCAUAGGAAUGAGGACUCUCCACAACCACAUACCCGAGAUAGCUACAGCCCCUUCAAUACAUCCCCACUUUGGAAUCAACAACAGCAAACGAACCCAUGGAACUUCUCUCAGGGACAGUAAAAACCUCGGCAACUAUGGAUGAUGAAAUUCAAAUGUACCCGUUGGUUAGUUGGUUGUCUGCACUUAACAUUCCACUUUAUGGAAUCGAUUGAUUGUGUUUUUCUUAAGACUGUAUGUAAUUAAUAUGAAAUACUCAUUUGGCGUAGGCGUCGUUUAGUCCUACUCUGUCAUAUUUUUCGAUUUACUUAGUCCGUUUGAUUUUUGGAGAAAUUGAUAUGGAAACAUAAAAAAUUGUCUUCUGUGACGUCGUAAACUGAUAUUUCAGUUUUCUUCUAAAAACAAUUCAACCCUCAAUAAAUGUUAAUAAGCA